AGAAACAGACACAGAAAUGCUGAAGGUUAAACGGCUGUUUCACAUCAGGUUAAAGUUGAAGCAAAGCCAAAAAGAAACCAUCAAGGAAAUCGGUCUAAAAAAAGCAUGUUUCACAAUGUGUGGUGGAAGAAAAGUAGGUUGAAUGAUACUGAGAAAUCUUGCACACGGCGGCGAGUGGCAGACGCAUUCAGACAUUGCGCAACACUGGAACUUUAUGCAUAAUAAUAGACGGAUAGACAUCUUCUAAUGAAUUCAAGACAAACACAAAUUUCAAAACUAAGCAAGACGUAACACAUUUUAAAGAACUAUUGCAAUAUAAUGAUUUUCUUAUUUAAACACAAGCAUAACUUAAAGGGAUAAUGUCCUCAUCAUAUCUGUAUAAAUGCAUUGUUUUGUCUGACCACAAAGAAAGAUAUUUUAAGAAAUGUUUAGCGCACCUCCGACUUCUAUAGAAGUCAAUGGUGUUCCUGCUUCCUGUUGGUUAUAAAUAUCUUUCCGUGUUUAGCAGAACAAAGAAAUUUAUGGAAAUUUUUGCAACAACAAAGUGAGUAAAUGAUUUUCAUGUUUGGGUGACCUAUCCCUUUAAACACGCAAUGCAAAAAAUCUCAAUAGCUUUCCCAGGUAAACAUAAAGAUACUUGAAUGUAGUAAAAAUACAUUGAAAUACCAGCAGGAACAUUAUUAGUUUGUUAAACAGUGCAAGUGUUUAAUGCAGUAGUACCUUAGUGCAUUUGAAAAAUGCAUACAUAAUUGUAUCUUAUUUCAUUUUAAUUAAGAUUAAUUUUAUCUUAGCAUAAUUUUAUCUUGUAUAUUUAUUUAUUUAUUAAAUGUAUUUAUUUUUUUGCUGUGUUAUUCUGUUGUUUUUAUUGUUUGUAAUGGUCGAUUAAUGUAUGUUAAUCAACUACAGCAUGGGUGAUGAUGGCCUAAUGCUGCGUUUACACCAAACGCAGUAGAGGCGUGUAGCGCGAGUGAUUUCAAUGUUAAGUCAAUGUUAAGACGUGUUGACGCGCGUCUGAAGGUCCUGCGGUGCGUAAGAUGCUUUACCGCCUCAUUCGCGCGAACUUGACGCAAAUUUGAGCGUUGUGCUUUUUGUGCAUUUUGCGGUUCACGCGAAUUUGCGGCUGACGCCCAAGUUGAAAAAUUUGAACUUUGGCGGAAUUUCGCACCGCAUUAACCAAUCAGGAGCCUGCUGGCUGCUGUGGCAGCAGCCCCGCCCGGAGUCACUCAUUCAACAUGAAGGAACGCUUGAUAUUGUCCGUAAGCAGUCACCUGGAGCUAUACGACACAAGUUCUUAUUUCUAUAGAGGAGACAGGAAUAAAAAGGAACUUGCUUGGAAGAGUGUCAGUGAGGACUUUGGGCAACCUGGUAAGUUGUAAUACACAUUUCACUUUUGAGUCACGCGACGUUUAUCGACCCGCGACGUUUAUUUUCCCCCUAUAGUAAGGUUACCAAAUACAAACUGGUUACUCUCUCAAUAAAUGCACAAUCAACAUCAGCCAUCUUGCAAACAGAUAACUGCAUAGCACUUGUCCCUCCCACAAGAAGUGGAUUUUGCCUAUGACGCGCGUCAAAUGCUUGCUUUUUCUACGCGUCUACUUCGCUCUACAUGCGCGAAUGCAUUUAAACCGCAGUUCAAGCAGCAAACUAGGCACGGUAGACGCAAUUUUGACGCCUGAAACGUGGUUGGUGUAAACGCAGCAUAAGAUAAAUUUCCGCAGAUGGGACAAUAAAGUUUACCAUAUCCUACCUUAUAGGGCUGGCUAUCGAUUCAGAUGUUCCAGAUCAAUUCAAUUUCGAUUCACAAGCUAUCAAAUUGAUUUGACUUCGAUUCUCGAUUCAAUUUUCGAUUCCGGUUCUCGGGUCCGUUUUUAUACUCGAUUCUCUAUUUAACUCAAUGAAUAUAGAUUAAAUACAAAUACUAUAUUCAUAAAAAAGAACAGUGAACAGCAGUUUACAAAUGGGUAAUUAAUAAAAAAAAUUAAAAGCCACAACACUAUCGUCGUCGUCUUGCUUGCAAAAUCUAAAAUGCUUCCAUACCUCUGCUCCUUGGUAACAUCGUGCAAGGCAAAAAAGAGGGUGACAUCUAGUGGAGAAGACUAGUAAUUAGAUUAACGUUAAUCUUACGUUCAAUGUUUGCGGAAAUAAAUAUGGAAAAAAAAUCUAUUCUACUCUCUGAGAAUCGAUUUUGAAUCGACCACGUAAAAAUAACAGAUUAAUCGCAAAACCGAUUUUUUGCCCAGCCCUACUAUUCGUAAUUUUAUUUUUUGCUGUGUUUUUCUGUUGUUUUUAUUGUUUGUAAUGGUUGAUUUAUGUAUGUUACUUGUGCAACUGCAGCAUGGGUGAUGAUAGAUAAAUUUGCCCUGAUGGGACAAUAAAGUUUACCAUGCACUACUUUACCCUAAAUUAGCUUAAGCCAGGACUAGGGCUUAUUUUAAUUAUGAAAUAACUAGUUUUAACAAACAUGCCUUACUAAAAACAUUACUGGCGUGCAUUUUGGAGCAAAACAAGGGGCACUUAUGUAUUUUCAGAUAUUUCGGUGCAAGUUUAUUUUUGGUUUGGACAGCUCUUACAUUUAUUUUAGUCUAAGUCUAGGGAGGAAAUCGCCCCUAAGAUGUACUGAAGAAUAUUUUUUGUAUAUUAAUUACAAAUUAAGUGCACGAAAAUAGAGCACUUCCUAAGUAUACUUAAUGUGUAUAAUUUUAAUGCACUUUUAUUUCUCAACGCACGAUUCUGGAAAGAAUCUCAAGUUCUUCAAUCACUUAUUCAAUACAAAUCUAUAAAUGAACCUUGUUCAGCUUUCAGAUGUUUAUUGAGUCAUUAAGAAGCGGUAAAUGAUUCAUCGAUUAUGGAACACAAACUCUUCGGCUUAUUUUUCCAUCCUCUAACUUGCAUUUUUUCCCUGCAGGUGGCUGUUUUCCCCAAGAGCGAUAACCUCGGCCCGUAUGCUUUUACAGUAAGCCAGGAGGACUGGAAACAGCAGCUCCAGUCACAGACGACAGUGCUUCAGUCCUCCAGACGGACACUCCACGGGAUGUGCAGCGACCCGUGCAGUCGUCCCUCAGCAAAUUGCUGUGUCAUGAAGCUCACUGGAAAUGUCUUCUCCUCUCACUCCUAAUGUACUGCUGCGUGAUCGCAAUGACCUGGUGCCAGGUCACAAAGGUGACACGCGUGACCUUCGACAGUGCCUUUCAGACAAAGUCCAUGACGUACCACGACAGUCCCUGUUCCAACGGCUACAUCUACAUCCCCGUGGCCUUUCUCGUCAUGCUCUACGUUGUCUAUCUCGUGGAGUGUUGGCACUGUUACUCGCGCAACAAGCUUCAAUGUAAAGUGGAUCUGGAGAGCGCCUCCGAGCGCGUGCAACGCAUGCAGCGAGCCACACCUUGUAUCUGGUGGAAGGCAAUUAAUUACCAUUACGUACGGCGGACGCGCCAAGUGACGCGGUAUCGCAACGGUGACGCCUACACUACCACUCAGGUGUACCACGAGCGCGUCAACACGCGCGUGGCCGAGGCCGAGUUCGAUUACGGGAACUGCGGGGUGAAGGACAUUUCCAAGCACCUGACGGGUUUAGAGAGCUUUCCGGUGACAAAGCUACGUUUCACCAAGUGCUUCAGCUUCGCCAACGUGGAGUCAGAAAACUCAUACCUGACUCAGCGGGCGAGGUUCUUCACGGAGAACGAGGGCCUGGAUGAUUAUAUGGAGGCACGAGAAGGGAUGCACCUCAAGAACGUCGAAUUCAAAGAACACAUCCUCACCUUCUCAGAUCCAGACCGCUUGCCCUGGUAUGCAUCACAGGGCAUGUUCUGGAUGGCUGCGGCGCUGACGUUAUCGUGGCCACUGCGUGUGCUGUCGGAGUAUCGCACGGCACACCUCCACUAUCACGUGGAGAAACUCUUCGGCUUUGACUAUGUAGCCGUCACACCCUUGGACGAGAGACCGUUUUGCGAUCACAUCUCAAGGGUCAACACUAUCGACAGUACAGAACUGGAGUGGCACAUACGCUCCAACCAACAGUUAGUGCCCAGCUAUUCAGAGGCCGUGCUGAUGGACCUGGCACAGCAGUCCACCCACAACACCUUCUCACCGCGUGGAAUCGGUGCGGCGGGUGGAAGCGGCUUUGGCGGCUACCGCCAGAACUGCGAGCGUUGUCAUCGGUCCAUCAGCAGCUCCUCGAUCUUCUCGCGCAGUGCGUUGAGCAUUUGCAACGCUAACAGUCAGCGUUUACCCUUCAGCGGCAGCCGCUUCUCCCUGAGCCGUUUGUACGGCUCUCGACGCAGCUGCCUUUGGGGAAGUCACAGUAGUAGUCUAAACGAUCCCAGCUGUCCGACCGAAAGCACGCGAUGCCUGGCAGGUCACUCCACCGCUGAAGAAAGCGCACCUUCUCCUCCGGCCUACCAGGAUGCUCUUUACUUCCCUGUGCUGAUCGUCCACCGCAAUGAGGGCUGUCGUGACCAUCAGACAUUUCACCAUAACAACUCAUGUGUGGAGACUUCAUUAUAAUGACCGCUGCUGGUUUGAAAACACAUCACUUGCCAACAGCAGAAACAAUAGACGUGUUGUGCAGCUUUGUUACAAUAAUGAGAGUAGCAGAUUUGUAUGGAAAAAGUUUUAGAGGAUUUGCCUGGAAAAUGAAUCUUGACUCUUCCUUUAAAAUGUACAAAAGCAACAUUUGUCCUUUAAACGCAAAAAAAUGGCACAGUUUUACACAUGCAGUUAGCAACUAUACUCAGCAACUAUUGCAUCCCUAAAAACUUGGACUUCACAUUCUAAUGAAGUUCCAAUAGCAUCUUGUGAUUCAAUCAGAAAAGACUUCAACAAGUCAACACAUUGACAAACAACACAACAAUAAAUUACAAACCAUUACUGUUAAAGGUGCAGUUUGUAAAUUUAAGAGGCAUCUAUUGGUGAGGUUGCAAAUUGCAACCAACAGCUCAGUUCACAGCUCACCCCUUGCUUUUGAAACGCAUAGAGAAGCUACGGUAGCCGCCACCGGACAAACAUGUCAUUGUUAGAGACAACUUAAUACAAAAGUUUAUCCGUUAAGAGCUUCUGUAGAAACAUGGCGGCACAAAAUGGUGACUUCCACUUAAGGGGACCCUCUGUGUAUAUAGAAAAAAACAUCUUAUUCUAAGGUAAUAAAAAAUAAAGGUUCAUUAUGAAAGGUCUUUAUACACCCCUGAUAAUAUAGUUUUGUAUAUUAUUUUGCAUUUCUGUCAAGAGAUCCUUCUAAAAAUUACACACUGCACCUUUAACCUAAAAGCACAUGCUUUAUCCUAGAUAUAAAAAUAUAUAAUAACUGAUAUUUUACAUUUAUAAUCUGACCCUGGACCACAAAACCAGUCAUAGGGUAAAAAACUGAGAUUUAUACAUCCUCAGAAAGCUGAAUAAAUAAGCUUUUCCAUUUUCCACAUGUACACCUAUUUGAAAAUCUGGAAUGUGAGGGGGGGGAAAAAGAAAAUAUUAAGAUAAUUGCCUUUAAAGUUUUCUAAAUGCAGUCUUUAGCAACACAUAUUACUAAUGAUAAAUACAUUUAAUAUAUUUAUGGUACAAAAUUUACACAAUGUUCUCAAGGAACAUGAUUUUUGGCAUUAAAACAAAUUAUAAUUGUGACCCAUAUAAUGUAUUGUUGGCUAUACCUGUGCUACUUAUGACUGGUUUUGUGGUCCAGGAUCACACAUUCUAGUGAUUGACACAUAAGGUGAACAUGAAGUUCCUUAUUAAACAUCAAGAUCAUGGGUUAAAAAUGUAUUUGAAUUAAAGAGAAACUACAUUAUUUAUAUAUCUGGUGAUUUUAAAUCACUUUAUCUUUAAAGACGUUCACUUCAACAGGCCUGCUAUGUGACAAGUGAUUGUAAAAAUAUUUCAUGUUUACUUUAUAAAAAUGACGGAUAAUUGUUUAAAAUAUUUUUAGAUAAAGCGUGUCACACAGCAGGACAUAGAGGACGAAACCGCUUUCAGUGUUCACAAUGCAGAAUCUCAGGAUAUACAAACAACAAACAAACAAACACACAGGCCAGACUAAAUUUCAAAGUAAUGUGAAUGUCUGUAUUGGCAUUAGACAAACUAUUUAUGGCAACAGUGUCAAUGUUGUGAAUAAUUUAGUACAUGCACAUACACUACAAACACACCAUCUCCACUGAGAUUUUUAAACAUUGCAAAAAUAUUUAAAAUAUGUAAUUUUUUUUGCAACUACCUCUUGUUUUUUAAGUGCCUAUUUUAGUUUACAUUUUAAGUUUAAUUUGAAAGCUUAUUGACAAAGAUUCCAAAGAUGCUUUGAACAGAAAUAAUGUCACAGUUAUCAUUCUGAGCAGUCACAUCAGAAUGUAAAUAAUGUUCAAAAACACCUUGACUUUUUUUAUCAUGAUUUAUGUCAAAUACUGAUAAGAAUCAGAAUUAAUGUCGCAUUGAGAAAAUAAUCUGUACAUACAAGCACAACAUGACUGUUACUGUAUGUGAUCUCUGCAUGAUCUCUGAAAUAUAAACAUCAUGCGGACAGGAUCAAUGACUGAAGCACAUGUAAAAAACACGAGCACACAAAUGCAUUUAUAACCUUUACAUCUUCACAUCAUUUUGAUCCUGAAAGUUCAAAUAUCCCUGAGCAACUCCUUUACUAUCCACACUGUAGAUUCUGCAGGCCUUGAAUGUAUUAAAAGAGAGUUUACAGCUCUCAUUUAUUUAUUUUACACCCAUGCAAAAACCUGAAUGGUACUAAAAAUAGAACAAAAAUAUGUUUUAUGGUAUUUCUACUAAAUGCAUUUAAAGAAGAUGAGGGGGGAAAGUAUUACAAAAGCUUUUCAGACCCCACAUACAAAAAAAAACGUUUUAUGUCUUGAUAUGAUACAAGAAGAAGCAUUUUGUAUAAUGAAUAAAAACUUUUGCAUGUAUGGCUUUAUAAUGACUAAUUGUGACUAGUGACUAAAUGUGUGUUUAUGAUAAUAACAGCAAACCUGUCAGCUGAUAAUAAAGUAUUGUUUUGCAGCAAAUACAGCAAACUGUUAAAAGGGUUAGUUCACCCCAAAAUGACAAUUUGAUCAUAAAUCACUUACCCUUGUGUCGUUCUAAACCACCAAGUGCACAAAAGUCUCAUCACUUCAUAAUAUUAUUAUUGAACUACUGAUGAACCUUUUUGCCAAUGUCUUUCAUUUUUUCUGGGCUUGAUUGUGAACAUCAAACUGCGGUCUAAGGGACAGACACAAGCCUCCCGGUUUUCAACGAAAAUAUGUAAAAAUGUAUUCUGAAGACAAUCAAAGGAAUUGGUGGUAUAGAACGACACAGGGGUACUGUAAGUGAUUUAUGAUCAAAUUGUCAUUUCAAUCAUCACAUCAGUCACAUCAGUGAACAUUCAAAAUGCAAAUUAUAAAGUAAAGCUGAAAAUAAUAUUUCACUGUCCAAAUGUGGAUAAUUCAUAACAUUGAUGGCUAUUGUCAUUUCAUGUUUCAUUGAAUGAAAAUAUCACAAUAAUAAUAAAUAUCACACCUGGUUGUUGCUGAUAAAGUGAUAUCUCAGGUUGGAGGCCAAAUAUGUGUGUCCACAUUUAAGAAAACUUAAUAAAAUGAUGAAAUGUUAUGUGCUGAG